GCGCACUCUCGGCGUUCAGUGACGCUCAGUCGAUCAUCGCAGUCGUGCGUCGUUACCGACUCAACAAAUUUUUAUAAUCUCGCGAGCGGCGCGAGACACGCGUUCCAAAUUCAAACCAUAUUUUUUUUAAUUAAAAUUUAAAAACCAGUCUUCCGCGCCCGUUCGAACGGACGAUUUCGAAGAUAAAAACUCUUUAGUGUCUCAGUGACCGUGAACAGCUGAUUCUUUUCUGGUGUAAAAUAGUGCAAAUAUUUGAUAAAUGGUAUCGUAAUCUGAAGCUUUGAUGGGCGAAGUAACCAAAGAAGAUAUACAUCGACUAGCAAGUAAUGCUCACUAGAUAAGCUCACACAAAUUAUAAUAAAAACUAAUUAAAAUGUCAACCGAUGCGCAAGAGUACAUGAAUGGCAUGAGGCCUGGACCAUUGACAAGAGAAAUACCAGAGUGUAUGAGGGAUAAAUACACAAUAGUACAGACUGUAUUCGAUGUGCUUGCGUUUUUAGUUGUUGCUAUUGGGUAUGUGAUACAAGGGAUUUAUAGGUCGAUAGUUGGACAUCCAAAGAAGGAUCUCAAAGGGAGCAUAGCUCUUGUGACCGGCGGUGGAGGAGGAUUAGGAAGUCUUAUAGCCUUGAGACUAGCGAGGCUUGGCUGCAUCGUCGUGUUAUGGGAUAUAAACAAACAAGGGCUAGAAGACACAGUGAAGUUAGUGAAAGGAGUGGGAGGAAAAUGUUUUGGCUACGUAGUCGAUCUCACUAAGCGAGACGACAUCUACCGAGUCGGGAAGCAAGUCAACGAAGAAGUUGGCAGAGUGUCGAUUCUAAUAAACAACGCCGGCGUGGUAUCCGGUCAAUACUUGCUGGAUACUCCAGACCAUCUCAUCCAGAGGACAUUUGACGUUAACAUUUUAUCGCAUUUUUGGACAGUGAAAGCUUUCCUACCAGCGAUGAUAGAUCACAACGAAGGCCACAUAGUCACCAUUGCCUCCAUGGCAGGCCACGUGGGUGUAGCCAAGUUGGUGGACUAUUGCUCCUCCAAGUCAGCGGCGUGCGGCUUCGACGAGUCCUUGCGGAUGGAGUUAGAAGUCAAAGGUGUUAAGGGUGUCCACACAUCGCUCAUAUGCCCGUACUUUAUACGAGCUACUGGCAUGUUUGAAGAAGUCAAUUCAAGGUUGGUGCCAACGCUAAGUUCGAACGAGGUGGCGGACCGCGUAGUGCUGGCAAUCCGCACCAACGAGCCGCUGGCUGUCAUGCCUGCCUACUUCUGCCUCUUGCUGCCGUUCAAAUGGCUCGUGCCAUGGCCGUGUAUAUCUGACCUGAUACGCGGCUUAGUGCCGGACGCCGCGCCCGAAUCCAUGCGCAUCACUCAUCACCGGGUCAAACCGGAAGAGAUCGGGGACGUGGGCAAGAAAGACUCCCGCCCCAUGACCGUUGUACCUCCAGCCAGACACGAGAGAGAAGUUUGACCUGUUUCAUACCUCUUUAGUUCGAACGAUACGAUAGGGCAAUUGUGGUGUUUAUAAUAAUGUUAUAAUUCCGGGUGUGUACGGUUUUUAGUUUCACAAUAUUAUGUUUACUGUUUUUUUUUUUAUUUAAUAGUAAUUUGUGGUUACAGAAGUAUUCGAUCAUAAAUGUACUAGUUAUUUUGUAUUCUGGAAAUGAUAGGAAAAAUAAUUUUAAAAUGAAUUAAUACAAAAUAUUUGGAAGUUAUUAGGUUUAUAUUUUGAGAAAGUGUGAAGGCGUGAAACAAUGAAUUCUAUAGCUUUUUUGUAAUAUAUUUAAGAGUUUAAUGUGUAAGGUUAGCCAAGGACCAUUGAAGUUGCCUUAUUCACAAUGCCUUAUUAAAUAUAAAUAGGAAGUAAUCGAAUUUGAAUGAUAUAAUAUAUAAUUGUUGUACGAUUAUUGGUAAACAUAUAUCGAUUGCCUGUAAAAUAUUGUUAAAAAAAUGCUGAAUGGAAUUAAUUUUCAUAUAUUUAAUAUGCCGUGGUAGUGGGGUAAAUAUUCCAUAAUGAGAAAAAAACCGUUACAUUACAAUUAAAUAGCUUAAUAAAUCGUUCAAAUGUACUUGGUUUCGUUUCUGCUUCGUAAAUCUAUAAUUAAAAUUUUAUGUUUUGGAAUGCCUUAUUUAUGAAUACCACCGUAUUCAAAACCGCGGUUUUCAAAGAGAAUUCACGAAAAAUUAAGUACUUACCUACUUUCAAAAUGAAUUUCAUCCGUGCUACAGACGCAGUUAAAUCGUACGUGCUUACUAUCAAUCAGUUUCGACUGUACAGUUUUUCUAAUGAUAUUACGAUUAGAUUAAACUGUACACUUAAAACUGCACAGUAAAAACUUGACACGGGUUACGCUCAGUACUUAGGAGUAUACAAUUUUAAUCUUAUUUUAAGUCGUAAUGUUGUAUGUAUUUUUUUAUAAAUGACAACGUAUUACUUAGUCAAAAUAUCGUGUCACAAACAUCUUAGGCGUGUAUUUGCUUGAGGGGUGUCUAUUAAUAGAUUGACUCUAUUUGAUGGGAGAUGUUCAUGAGAGUAGGAGGUAUCGAGUUUAAUCGAGUAAUAUAUAAUUUUAUCUCUUUAAAAACAAUGUAGGUAAAGUUGCAAUAGUAAAGUUUAAAAAAUGAAUAAAAAAAAUUAUAAAUCUAACUUACAAAACAACAAAUUUUGAAAAUCUCACCAAAGACUUUGGACUUUGGAGGAAAAAGUCUAACGAUAUCUCAUGUUAUCUCACCAAGUGGGUGAAAGGGUCAAUAAUGGGUCAAGUUAUUAAUGGAUGACCCCUAAUAGAAUCACAAAUAACAAUAAUUAUUGUCAAGGUUACUUUUUAGAUUGUACAAAGUCCAUGCGGCUGUAUUUUUUUUAAUGGGGUAUUUUAGUGUAUUGUUAGUGUAAGUAUAAUGUGAUAGUUUAAAACAACAAUGGUUAUAUUGUAUCAUAAAGACGAUAAUUACGUCGUUCUAUAAUUUAUAAUUAUGUUCGUUAAUUAUACCGUAACAUGCUUGCAACGGGAACGCGCGGAACAAACGCGAUGACAAUGUUUAAGUCACAGACAGUAAUCAUUACCGAGAACCACCAAUGUUCAUUUUCUAUAACAACCGCAAAGCAAAUCCUUACAUCGGUUUAUAAUGGUUUGUACAUUUUCUUGUUCAUUUUCUUGUUCAGUUACAGUUUCUUUUUCGUUUGUAAAAUAGAGAAGGUGUUGAUAUUAUUAGGCAUUUUGGCGUAAUUACAAAAUGAGGAAUUCUGAAUAAAAAAACAUGUCAUAACCAGUUGCGUGCACUUCAUAGAUGCAUUAACGCAAUGCAUACCCUUGCAAAUUCAUCAUGACCCUGUAUUGGAGGAGAAAUUUCUCAUUUUGUACCUAUAUUGCAUACCCUAGUUAAAAACUUGUGCACGCCACUGGUCGUGACGCUUCCUUUCACCUCUGCACCAAUAAGAAUGUACCUUUUCUUCACCAGAAUAUGGCCAUUUUAGUAAUUUCCCCAAAACACUAUAUGUUGUAUAUGGAUACUUUGUCGAAUACCGGUCAAUAUCCUACACUACAUAUCUUACACUGUAGUGUUUCUACAUUCAACUAUAUAGUUUCAGAUAUCUAGCGGCAACACUAGUCUCUAUAUAUUUUCGAAUGGGAUACACCAUUUCUAUUGCCUUUAUAUUAGAACUAUGGUGACAUGUUUGGUAUUUUUCUUAGACACGAUACAUUUUUUGCUCUGGCGUAUUUCCCGUGGCCAGCAGGUAAGGUAUAUGUUGCUCAAUUACAAGGUUUUAUAUUAUGUACCUUUUGUUUUGUACAUAUACAAAUAAACAUCACGAUAUCGUCAAGUAGAAAAUAGUCUAUGGAUAUUUUAGUCUUCCAUUUUAUUAAAGUGCCGUCAGCCGUGGAAGGCAAUUGUGAUAUAAUUUUAUUAAUAAAGAAUAUCGGUACAAGUAUCGGCAAAUAAUUUAAUUUCAAAUUCAACUGUCGAGUCGAGGUAUCGAAGAAAAUGAAAUCAGAUUUUUUUUUGAUUUCCUCAUUUUCUUCGAUACCUUUCGAUUUAAUAUUUUUAUUAAGUCGAAAAUUUAAACGAAUAAAUUGUGUAAAUGCUUAUAAAUAUAAUAUUGUUUUAUGCAAUAAUAUAUUCCAUUUUAGACUGUUAAGAGGAAAGAACCCAUCUGCAGCAGAUAAUAAUCUGAGUAUAAGACGACUGAAUGUAAAGUAUUUUAUAUCAAAGUAAAUAUUUCAAUGAAUUUUUAGCAUUGGCAAUAAUUAUAUUUAUUGAUAUAUUUAAUUUGAUAUAAAUAAAACUAUAGUCUUUUCAUAGGUCCACCUAUGUAGAACAACACGAGCGGAGAAGGGGAGUGUUGGUCGAUUGUCAAAGAAUUCCUUAACCCUACGCCCAUUGGCCACAAGUCCAGGAUUCUGCUCGGAAUUUUUAUCUAUUACUACGCGAUGAACCCGGCACCCGCACGGUGAAUCCAUGGAAUGCUAAGACAUUCGUCGAUAAGAAUAAAUUAUUUGCCGAUUCAUACAUUGAUAUUAAUGCAAUAAGGGUUAUCUUUAUGUACUCGUAGUUUUUGUGCUUGAAUGGUUUAGACCAUUGUUUUGGAUUAUAACGUACUUGAAGACAAUUGGUUUUUAGUGCCUAUACCUAUUUAGAUGAUAAGAGAAAUUUUUAAACUUACUAAUUUCUUUAACCUUGUAAUUUGUCAUUAUUUUUAAAGGUUAAAAAAGUUUUUGGGAAAUUGAGAUUACAAUAAUUCAACGAAAUAAACAUUAUGAAAAAUCA